GCUAUCAAUGCAUUUCAAUUUGCAAAUUCAACCGUUUUUCGCCGCAUUGUGAGCGAUCCUUUGGCUACCGUUAGGUGAUUUAUCAGAGACAGCCGUGCAAUGAAACUCUUGAGUGUGAUCAUGAUACAAGAAAUGCAGCCAAAAGGGUCUCACCUGCAGAUGAAUGGGGCGGAGCCAUUGUAUUUAUGACGCAAUCUCAAGCUUAAUAUUUUAAAUAUAUUGUUAGUUCCAAAACGGGCAAACGGACAGGACAUGGAUUUAAUCAUUUAAGCAAGGAUUUCAUUAGACUUCGGGGCUCUUUGGAGAUGCAUAACAACCAGAUUGUAUAAAGUAUUCCUUUCUAACAGGGACUGGCUCUAUUUGUAUUUAUUUUCAUUUAUUUUUACUGAGCAUUGUACAGUGUCUUUUUUUCUGGGUUUUCCCUCGUUUAAUCUGUUCCAGAUGGAAGAGUCCCUCCUACUGGCCAAUCAUAACCAGCAGUAAUUUCCUAUCCUAAUUAAAACCAAACCCGAUUCAAAGGUUAAGAAGCACCUUGCAGGGACACGUGAUCGGCCGCAAGGGCUGCUGGGAUCGCUGAGAUGAAAAUGGCGAAAUGCGCAGCCGGGCGCGGAGGAGAAGAUAGGGCUGCAGCAGAGGAUAUCUCCGAGCUACAGAUGCUGUUGCACCCCGAACUUCUGUCUCAGGACUUCAUCCAGUUGAUGUUACAGGAGAAAAAUAUACAGGUUGGGGACGAUGUGAAGACUGACCGGGACCGACUGACGGAGCUCUUCAUGCAGCACAUCACCCCAAAGCCGCAGAGGAAGCUGCCCCACAGCCGCUGGGGAAGCAGGGUGGAGAGGAGGAGCCUCACAGGGUCACAUGCAAACAGCUCUCUCUCCUCCAAUGAGAGUGGCGCCCGGAAGAGGCAGCUGAUCGUGUUCGAUGGCAGCCCCACCAGAACGGGCGCCAUCAAACUGAAGAAGCCGGAAGUGACUCCAGGUUCCGGCUCGAUGGAUCGUCUGAAGCCCCCUCCGUCCGGAAACUUUGCAAACCCUAUCCGCAAGCUCUCCAGCCCCCCUGCCAACCGCUGCAGUCCCAACAUCACCAUCAGCUCCCCCAGUCCGACACUUACGAGCCCCUUAGGGAAGGAGACCGCAAAGUCACAACCCUCCCCAACUGUUAAGUUAAAACGGCUGGCGACCAGCGAGGGAGACUCCGACAGCUUGGGGGAGCUGAAGUCCCCAGAAAUGAAAAAGAAGAUUCAGCCCAUAACGUGGCCAUGAGUCUGCGCUCCUGCAGCAGGGGACGUAGAAGCAGACACGGGGUGGGGGGGCAGUCCAGGGCUUCUGGCUGUAUGACGAUCUCUGACUCUGGAUCAUCUGCACUGCUGCCGUCUGCGCAUCACCCCAACGUUCAAGUGCCCUUAGAGUCCAGAAGAUCAGCCGUCUCUUCCAGGAAAUGAAGUACACACUACGCUACGUCCUAUUGACCCCCAAGUUAUAUGUUCCAUUUUAUAAUAUCAGGAGUCACUUUUGUAUGUUUUUUUUUUUUAACUUAUUAAACCAUAGUUUUCUCCUUCUGAGGCAUUUAAAUGGCUCUGUAAUAUUAGAGUCUAGCCAGGAACUGUAAUGGAGGGUAUGAGUUGCUGUAGGAGUAGCUAUUUCCAUGGAAACAGUGUUCCCCUUCUGGGCCGCCUCAUGCUUCUGCUGUGGUCCAUGCCCCCCCCCCCACCGUUCUGUUUCACAUGCUUUGUAACGCUAAGGCUUUGGAGUGGAUUGAGCGCUUGAAGAAUUGAGUGCUGCUUCAACUGCUGUACGGACUUAUGCUGUGACACAAACGGCAACUAGCUGUGACUCCUGGACGUCCCAGAAAAGCGAGCAGCUGCUGUGAUGUCUUGUGUGGAGCAGGGGAUUGGGGGGAAACUGUAGAAAAUACAGCAAUAGGUCAUGUCUAUUUCCAGAGUUUUAGGGAAAUGAUUGACUACAUUUAUAAAGCUUUUACUGGUUUACUUUUGGUCAUAGGCAUGUGGUUGGUGUGUUUCGGAGCUGUACCAUAUUUGUAUUGGAGAGCUGGAAAUACUCGCUGUAUGAUUGCGGGUCUGAGAAAAUCCAAUAAAAAGAUGACUGUCUGUCUCUACCUGCUGCUGGGUCUGAAUGAGAUUAGAGCAGAAAUGGAAGCUGAGGAUUUAUUUGUAUUCAGUCCAGCUAAGAAGUCUGCAGAGAGAUGGAAAUGCACGUCGCGCCGGCUGUUUGGCUAAUUUCCUGCGCUGUGAGGGUGGGGCAGAGUGAUUAGCUGUUACGUAAUUGGCCGUUAUGUAAUUUCUGUGUAAUAUUUAUGAGUUUGUGAAAUCUCAGAGAAAGACAUAAACAUGACGUAAAUGUUCUAGCAUCUGCGCUGUAGCUGUGAAAUAAGGCAGGGGUGGAUCCCUAACUGGCUGGCCUGCAUGGGGAAGCAGGUUCUGCUGAGGCGGUUCCAGAGCGACCCGGGUGCUCCUCACCACAGUCGGGAUGCAGGAUGUCACCCCAGCAUGUGAGGAUGCUGUGCCCUGCCAGUGACACUGCGCGGUGCAUGCAGCCUAAACAGUGGUUGUGCCACUGGCGCUGCCCAGAGGAGAUGUACUUACUGCCCCCUCGCCCUGCAGGGGUGACUGAUCUGGAGUCACAUUGUGUCGUCCCCAUUUAACCAUUAACUGCUACUUAAUUUAAUAGCUGCUUCCAUAUAUGUUUGCUGCUUCCAUAUAUGUUUGCAGCUUAGGCUGCUGUUGGAUGGUCACCAGGUAAAGUGGCACCUGAUUGCAUUCCUAAGAACACAGUUAUUCCUGCCCGUUUGUGUCAGGUUACUGUGAUAAGAAGCACUUUUAACUGUAGGGACAGACCAAACCUAAAAGCCCCUUAACUGGGAGUUUUUGGUUCCUCUUCCCUGUUGUCAUCUGGCUUUUCUUUUGGUUCUUUUUCAUUUCUUUCAGUCCUUUUUCUUCCCCUUUCCCUGUUUCUGUAUUAUUCUGUCUUGAUGUUCUUAUGUACCACAACACACCCAUGAGAAGGGCCUUAGGGUAACUCUGUUAUGAAAGGCGCUAUAUAAAAAUAAAUUUAACUCCACCCAACACAACUGAGGGUCC